AUGCAACAAGUACCUGAAUCUUCCUCUCAAACAUCGAUAAUUACUAACGAUGGUGGUAGUACAGAUGCAGCGGAUUGGGAUUCAGUUCUCAGUUCGGCUUCUUCAACAAUGAAUAGUGAUACAACUACAAAAUCAACAGAUAAUCAAUCAUCCAAAGAAACAGCUGUAGAAGAUUCCAAUGAAGAUUAUUCUACUGUUAUGAAGAAUCCAUGGGAUCCAUUAAGAUCUAGUGAUUGGGAUAGUCAAUUGCCAGAUGCAACUUGUAUAGCACGAAUUAAACGUGAUAUUUCAGGUAUAAUGAAAGAUCCACCACCAGGAAUGUUUAUUUCACCUGAUCCUGAUAAUCUUACUAAAAUUCAUGCUCUUGUCAUUGGUCCAUUUGAUACACCAUAUGAAGGUGGUUUUUUCUAUUUUAUUCUACGUUUUCCACCAAGUUAUCCACAUCGAGCACCUCGUUGUCGUUUAAUGACUACUGGAAAUAAUACAGUUCGUUUUAAUCCAAAUCUCUAUGCUAAUGGUAAAGUUUGUUUAUCAAUUCUCGGCACUUGGACUGGUCCAUCAUGGUCUCCUGCUCAAUGUUUAUCAUCUGUAUUAAUUUCAAUUCAAUCUCUCAUGUCAGAAAAUCCAUAUCAUAAUGAACCCGGUUUUGAACAAGAACGUACAUCAGGUGAUUCAAAAGCUUACAAUGAAAUAAUAAAACACGAAACAUUACGUGUUGCUGUUUGUGAAAUGCUUGAAAAUCAAAAUUCUUGUCCAAAACAAUUAUAUGAUGUAAUCUGUAAACAAUUUUUUGAUUUUUAUGAUUAUUAUGUUGAAGUAUGUACAGAAAAUAUGAGUAAAGAUGGUCAACCAAUGGAAGAUCCCUUUCAUGACCGUCGUGGACAAUUUCAAUAUGCAUCGAUAUUAAACCGUUUAAAUAAAUUAAAAACUACAUUAGAAAAUGAUGAUUCAACAAAAGAACAACAUUCGUCAGUCGAUGCACGUACUCAAGAAAUUAUGAAUGAUGCUUCUGCACUAUAUUCAAAUCUUCCACCAGCAAGUAAUGAUAUUCAACUUGAUGAUAUAUUUGACGAGGACGAUGAUGAUGAUGAUGAUGAUAAUGAAGAUGUUGAUAAUGAUGAUAUGGAACAAUAG